CAGCCCGCCCUCCUCCUUCCCACGUCCCCUCCCCGCCAGCUUCGCUCCCUCUCUCCAGUGGCAUCGGGGCGUCAGCCCGGGAGAGCCAGCCUUGGGGGGGACAGCGGUGAGGAAAGGGAGGGCGGCAUGCCUCCUCUUUCUGCCCCCCUCUGCCCUGGGACGUACCGCCGGUAACCCUCGGAGCAAGUUACGGGGGCCCACGGGGAGUGUCUCCCAACUUUUCGGCCGGAGGACGGGGAAAAAAAAAAAUAACCCUGGUUCAGAAGAGGUGGCUGACAAGGGGACCGAGGCGCCUGCCCUGCCAUCCCACCCCAAGCUCCCGUCACCCGUUGCCCCAUCCAUGACCAGCUCCUGGCUCACCCAGCGGCAGCAGAAGACGGUGGAUUAACCCCUAAGCCCGCAGCCAGACGCAGCUUCCAGCAGUGCCCGCAACACCGGGGGGUGACCCCAGACACCCCCCUGAGGACACCCCCGUCAUCCUCGCCAGCAGAGACGUUCCCACUGGGCGUGAUUUCAUGAGCACGACGUAGCGCAGGGAAGCAAGGGGACAGACACCCUUCCCACCUGCUGAAAGGCCAGGUGGCAUGAGCCGGUCCCUCAAGAGCAUCGGAGCAGGAGUGAUGGGGAGGCCAGGGAUGUGACAGGCCACCCCAGUGCUGGAAGCCCGUCAAGGGCUGGUUUGGGGUUUGUUUUUUUUUUUUUCAAAGGCAGAGGAGAGGUGAGGGGUGCAACAUGAGCUUGGGGAAGCUGCCGGUGCUGAGCUGGGUGUCGGGCUCCCACGGCAAGCGGCGGCUGAAGUCGGAGCUGACGCCGGACAUGAUCAGCCCGCCGCUGGGAGACUUUCGGCACACCAUGCACGUGGGGCGCGGCGGGGACGUCUUCGGGGACACCUCUUUCCUCAGCAACCACGGCGGGGCCGACACAGCCAAAACCAACAACUUCUUCGCCCGGACGCUGCGACACGUCCGCCGGACGCCGCUGAGGAGCCGGGGCGGCGGGGGCCAAGCCGGGGCAUCACCCGCCCCCCCAGCCAUCUCGCCCAUCAUCAAGAACGCCAUCUCGCUGCCACAGCUCAACGAGGGAACCUAUGACAGCAGCAGCGGCCGGGGCUUGACCAGCAAGUUCUCCUUCAAAAGUGCCUCCAACAGGUUCUCCAAAACGCACCAGGCCUACGGGCUGGAGUCUGGGUUUUGCACCAUCCCUCGCGGCCCUCGCUUGGAAAAGGCCCAAGAAAGCGCCUUCCCCGGGGAAGCAGAGCUGACGCGCUCGGACUCCCUGCUCUCCUUCCGCCUGGACCUGGGGCCCUCCCUGAUGAGCGAGCUUCUCCAAGUGAUGAGCUUCUCCGAAACCAAUGGCAGCGAGGUGGGAGAGGAUGGCCCAGACCUCCCGUGCGGUGAGGAGACCAAGGACGGGGUCCCUCCAGCACUGGGCGCACCCCACGGAGAGGACAAGGCAACGUCCAGCCCCUGGGACCGCUCCAGACCGAGCAGCCUGUCGGGGGCCAGCUCGCUGCUGGGACUGUCGGUCCAUGCCAACGGAGAGGCACACGCCAUCGAGGGCAUUGGGGAGGACCCUGCCUGGGCUUCGGGGCCGGGGGCAGCGCCCAGAGGGACCCCAUGGCAGGGGCACUGGAACGACUGCACCAUUGAGGCGGGAGAGUUUAACCGGGCAGCCCAGGUCCUGGCCCGUCAUUACGGUGGGACCAGCACCCCGCGGAGCUCGGCGAAGGGUGAGGGUCCCCGGCAGGCCCGGACGCAGACCCUGUGGGAGAGCCCCAGGAGCAGCUCAUGGCGGUCACAAGCAACGGGGGACAGCCAGUCCCCCGAGGCCACCUGGAACCAAGGAGAGGAGGAGGAAGAGGAAGAGGAGGAAGAGGAAGAGGCCAAGCUCUCCAGCCUGCAAGAGGGGUACACUGGUGCCCGGGGGGGACGCAGCAAUUCUUUUGAGUACGCUGAUGAGGAGGAGGAUGAUGAAGUCAAGGUGUGAACGGCCAUCCCUCCCAUCACAGCCCCUCGCCAGAGGCACUGGGGUCUUCGCCCACCUCCCUGCGCCCCACCCUCAGGCACCAGUGUCACCAGCAGACCCAGUGAGCGACAUCCUUGACAAGCUGGGGGUACUGGGGGGGCCGGAGGGGGGCAGGAGGAGAGCCCACCUCCUGGGGGGCUCCCCGGGGCUGGGCCAGGCUGCUGCGGAGGGCUGGUGAGGGCCGUGCAUCGCAGCGCCCGGCAUCGCAGCCCUUCCCCGGCCUCCCUGCCUUUAGACACCAAAGGGACAUUCCCACGUGACAAAGAAACCCCAAGCCCCUUCCUACCCGUUCUGUCCCCCCCGCCGGCGCCUUCUCUCCCAUCCCUCAGCCUGGGCCUGCCAGCAUGUCCAGGGACAUGUCCCAUCCUCCCACCAAAAUCCCCAACCACCCUCUGCGCUGGCACGGGUGCCCUCCUGGAAAUAUUCCCACCAACAGCUCUGGCAUGUAGAAGAUGGGGGUCUCCCCAGCUCCACCUGGUGCAAGACCCUCCCAUAUAGCACAUCUAUCUACCGGGGGAGGUCAGCCAGGGGUUCAAGGCAAACCCCACAGAGCUGAGCUUUCUCUUUUUCCCUCCCCGAAGAAAAAGCCAUGAGCUCAGCAUUCAGGAGGUGAGAGCACGCACAGAGAUAAUCGCAGGGGUCUUUCCACUUGCCACAUGCUGCUGAGCGUCGGUCAAUGGCCAGCACGAUGGCUCCUUUUCCAACACCCACUUCCUCACAGCAGGGAGGGGAGAAACUUCUUGGCUGGCUGGAGGCAGAGGCGAGGUUGUCAGGUCACCAAAUUCUGCAGUUCAUGCCCUAGAAAUUCAUUCCUUGCUCCCCACCUCAGAACAAGGAGACUCCCACGCUGCAGCCGCUCGGUCUGUGCCACCUCUUCUCCAUCCUCGCCCCCUCUCCCCAUUCUCCACGGGCAGACCCCUCUUUCCAGCACGCCGCUUCUCGGGGGUACACGUGGAGGACAGCUAAUGCCCCUCGCUGAGUGGCCCUGGGUGACACAGCCGCCCUGGAACGAGCUGCCCCCCCACGCUGUCCCGCGUGCAAACUGGCCCUCACAGAAGCGCCUUUGUGCCACAGCGUGAAGCCAAGAUGCUCGGGGGCUGAGGUCACCGAAGAGACCCUCACAGGAUCCCCCUUGUUCUCUGGGACAGGAGGGGGUGUGCAGCGGGGGGGAGAUGCCGGGGCACGGCCGCAAGGCUCCACUCCCACGCAGCUCACCCACCGCCCGGCUGCUUCUGGCAGGGAGCUCUUCAGAGCAGAAGAAAGAGCCUCCGGCGUGCACGCAUGUUGUAGGUAGGAGUGCUGCUCGCACUCAGGCCUUCGAGGUUACGGGCAAGCCCAUCUCCCCCCAGCCUCCCCAGGCAGCUGCCUCUUGCUGGCCGACGGCACCAAGCCGGAGCAGGCAGCAGCUUCAAGGAGUCCCCAGCUCUGGCCGCCGGCACCCAGCAGGAUCAGCCUUAUCAGCCCUGCACCCUCCAGGGCGGGGACCCUGGCUCUCAGGAUGAGCUUCCCUUGCCCGCCGCUUCCCAGACUGUAACACAAGCUCCAGACCAAAGACCCACAUCUGUGGAAUAUCCUUUCUGCCUCUACUCUGUAUCCCAUGCACUUAUUGUUGUCCUUAUUAAAACAGUUUUGAUACUAA